AUCAUUAUUGACAUUUGUCUUUAAUUUAAAAAGAAAACCAAACAAACAAUACAAAAAACUGUAAUGGAAGAAGCUUUUGAAAAACUGAAAAAGGAUGGGAAGAACGAUGUUGACAGUUUGAUUCAAUGGAUGAAAAAUUCAAAAGUAAUAGAUGAUGUCAAAGCCUCUGAAGAAAAAGCGCGCAGUCUGUUUCAAGACGUAGCCAACAAACAGUGUGUGGAACUCGCCAAUUUUAAGGAGGCUCUCGCCAAGUUAGCUGCAGAACAGAAGAAGAGCUUGGAGGAUUUGAGCAAUAGCUUAGUUGAUCAGGGCCCGAAAUUCAUGAACGCACUGAUGGCUGGCGUCAGUGCUUUUAAGGAAGCGGUUAAAAAGCCUUAA